GUCCGCGUAGCUCAAUCCACUACUGACCGCGGACGGUGUCGCACGCGGUUCGUUGUGCAGCCUCACUCGCAUCGAAUCUGCCGGUAAGCUUCCGAACCGGGUGCCAUUGAACGUGUUUAUUGUUAGUGCGUGCGUGUGUGUGUGCAGUGUUUGGAGGUCCAUAGGCCCAUUCCCAAAACACAUCCCAACGACACAAUGCUAUCGCGAACGGUUGCGGUGCUUGCCGCGGUAGCGCUAAUGGCGGGCCUGGUCGCCUCCCAGGAUACGCUCGACGACCUCUACCUCUCGCUGUACAAUCUGACUGAGAACAAAAACACUGUCACGGAACCGCCAGCACCACCGCCGGCGCCGGCAGCAGCAGCAGCUCCGGCAGCGGCCCCCGCCCCCGCUCCGGCCCCUGCCCAGCCGCGCUACACCUGCACCGGCGAGUGUGUGCAGUACUAUCUGUGCAGCGACAACAAGAUCAUCACCGACGGUGCCGGCAUCAUCGACAUCCGUGUCGGUGAAGAUCCGGCCGAGGAGUACGAGUGUCCCCACUUCCUGAACACCUGCUGCGAGAAGGACUCCGUGCUGGACGUGCCGCCACCAAGCGCUACCAAGGCACCGCCGACCAGCGUGCCGGAUGCGCGCCGUCCGACCUGCGGUAUGCGCAACGAGAACGGCAUCGGCUUCCGCAUCGAGGGCCAGAAGGAUGGCGAGUCCGAGUACGGCGAGUUCCCGUGGAUGUUGGCCGUGCUGCGGGAGGAGCGUGUCGCCGACAGCAACCUGAACGUGUACGAGUGCGGUGCGUCGCUGAUCGCGCCGAACGUGGUCCUUACCGCGGCCCACUGCGUGUUUAACAAGCAGAAGGAGCAGCUGCUGAUACGGGCCGGCGAAUGGGACACCCAGACGCGCAACGAGCUGUACCAGCAUCAGGAUCGCCGGGUCGCCGAGGUCAUCACGCACGAAGCGUUCAACAAGGCGUCGCUGGCGAACGAUGUGGCACUGCUGAUACUCACCGAGCCGUUCCUGCUGGCCGAGAACGUGCAGCCGAUCUGUCUGCCGCCGAAGGGGACGUCGUUCGAUCGCACCAAGUGUUUCGCCUCCGGCUGGGGCAAGAACGUGUUCGGCAAGGAGGGCAAGUACCAGGUGAUACUGAAGAAGGUCGAGCUGCCGGUGGUGCCGCACACCGAGUGCCAGCAGUCACUGCGCAGCACGCGGCUGGGCAAGCGGUUUGCGCUGCACCAGAGCUUCCUGUGCGCUGGUGGCGUGGCUGGAAAGGACACAUGCCGUGGCGAUGGAGGCUCUCCGCUGGUGUGCCCGGUUCCGGGAUCGCCCACCCACUACUAUCAGGCGGGUAUUGUGGCGUGGGGCAUUGGCUGCGGUGAGAACGGCAUCCCCGGCGUGUACGGCAAUGUGGCGUUCUUCCGCGACUGGAUCGAUCAGCAGCUGGUGCAGCGUAGCAUUCUAGCACGGGACUAUGUCUACACGCCGUAAGCUAGCUCUUGGACUCUACUCUUUCGACGAAAAAUGGAGACAAUCGUUUAGUAACGUGCAGCAUAUACUUGUAUUAAGGUUGAAAUAAUAAUAAAAACCUAAAAAAAGUCAA